AUGUCGGUGUGGUGGCUGUGGGAGCAGGUGGACGCCCGGAGCGCUCUCAUCUUCAUCGUUGUGCUGUUGCUUGUGUCCGAUUAUCUGAAGCACAGAGAUGGCAAAAACUUCCCUCCGAGUACUAUCUGGGUGCCGUUUGUGGGCGACUUGUUUAAAAUGGCUUCAGAUCAGCCGCACCUCUACCUCGCAAAGCUUACAGAAACGUAUGGAGAUAUCUACAGUCUACGACUUGGAGGAAGUAAACUCGUAAUCGUCAACGGGUACAAGAUGGCCAAGGAGGCUCUGCUGACGCAAGGAUAUGCCUUGACUGGCCGGCCAAACCCUGCUGCUUAUGACAGGAUCUACAAAAUGCCCGGCCUGACACUAAGUAACGGGUACACCUGGAAAGAGCACAAGAGGUUCACUUUGUCCACGCUAAGAAACUUUGGAGUUGGAAAGAAAAGCUUAGAAUCCAUCAUCAUGGAGGAGGCCAAGUUCUUUGUAGAAGCCUUUGAGGAAGAGAGAGGUCAGCCGUUUGAUCCUCAUUAUUUGAUUAAUAACGCGGUCUCCAACAUCAUCUGCUCGAUCGUCCUUGGUCAUCGAUUUGAGUACAGCGACAGCCACUACCGAGACAUUCAACAUCUGAUGAACAGGGGUGUAUUUUUGGAAGGAAGUUGGUGGGCUUGGGUUUACAAUGCGUUUCCCAGGAUUAUGAGGUACUUACCAGGGCGUCACAAUGAGCUUUUCUCAGUUUAUGGCAAAGUUCUGGAUUUUCUGAGAGAUGAAAUCAGAAAUCAUAAGAAGGACUUGGACCCAGCAUCCCCUCGCGAUUACAUUGACACCUACCUCUUGGAAAUCGAGAAGCGCAAAGACGACCCUGCAGCUGCAUUCACCGAAGAGGCUCUGUGCUCAAACACCUUAGACCUGUUUAUGGCUGGAAGCGAAACGACUUCCACAACCCUGCGCUGGGCUCUGCUCUUCAUGGUUCUAAACCCACAAAUACAGGAGAAAGUCCAAGCUGAGAUUGACAGUGUAUUGAGCCAAACUCAUCUGCCAUCGAUGGAGGACAAAAUCAACCUGCCGCACACCGAGGCAGUCAUUCACGAGAUCCAGAGGAUGGGUGACAUUGUCCCUCUGAACCUUUUUAAAAUGACAGUGGAGGACAUGACAAUUGGAGGAUACGUAAUUCCAAAGGAUACGGCCGUGGUCAUUAAUCUGAACUCGAUCCUCAAAGACAAGAGCGAGUGGGAGACCCCCAACACUUUCAAUCCUGCCCACUUUCUCACUCCUGAUGGGAAGUUCCGGCGAAGGGAGGCCUUUAUGCCUUUCUCUGCUGGAAAGCGAUCCUGUCUGGGAGAACCACUGGCAAGAGUUGAGCUCUUUCUCUUUUUUACAUGUCUCCUGCAAAAGUUCACCUUUUGUGCCCCUGAAGGGACAAACCUGACAUUGGAUUCUAUAAGUGGCCUUACACGUGCGCCUGUGCCACACAAAAUCUGUGCCAUCCCUCGUCAUCAAGCUGCUUGAGAUUGGUUUU